CUUCAUUCUACAUUUAUAAUAUACACAGUAGUAAUGUCAGAUCCCGAAGUUUCAGAGGAAUCUGAAUAUGAGUCAAUGUCAGUUGACGAACUGUUCGAGAGGGGGAAAUCUCUGUUUAAGGAUAAGAAAUACCUGGAAUCCACAGAAUUUUUUUCAAGAGCACUGGAAAGGAAGUCAGGUGACGAUCCACUCCACUACUCGCUGAGGAAUUAUUACCUCUGGUACGCCGAUUCACUCCUAACAAACGAAGAACAAAGCUCCAAUAUUUUUUCUUCAAAUGUUGAUGAGGGUUCUGAUAGUACAUUGCCGUCGGCAGAAACUGUUUUAGAAGCAGCUAAAACCAGUGAAAAUAACCAAAAUGACGAAAUGUUAGCGUUUGAAAUGUUCCAAUUUGGGUACGAGUGUUUCAUGAAUUAUUUCAAGCACUUGGAAACGAACAAUGAAGUUCCGGAACAGGAUGAUGUUCUUGACGCAUCAUAUUGUUUGGUGAGGCUAGGUGAUAUUUUUUACACAAAUCACCAGUUCGAAAUGUCGUCCAAAGACUAUGAAAACGCAAUUAAGUUGAGGGAGAAGCACGGUCUUUCACCAAAACACCUGGCAUCACUAUAUAUAUCAUUGGCACAGAGCCAAAUGUUUAACGGGAAACUGAAGGAGUCUUUAGAAACUUUUAGUAAGAGUAGAGAACUGUUAGAGGAGUUGUUGGAAGAGGAGGGGGAAGAUACGGAGGUCUUAAAAAACACUCUAGAGGACGUUACGAUACAAAUCGAGGACUUAGAGAAGCUAAUUAGUGAAUCUUCAAACACAGGAGAUGAAGUUGCAAAGGGAAGUCAAAGCAACGCAGCGUCACUUAUCCCUAAAACCACUAGCUCAUUUGAUAAGAGACAGUUAGACACCAGCGUAGUGAAAACAAGAGUAGUCGACAUAAACGUUGGAGAUGUAGUAGGAAAAAAACGGAGGGUUGAUUUGUCCAAAGUUUACGAAUAAUUUAUUGGCGAUACCGAAUCAUUCCUUAUCUGGGGAGAACAAUAUUUUUAUUUAAUAUUCUCAAUAUUUUUUUAAAUUCUAUCCAUAAUCUUAAUAUGGAAAAAAAUCCUCUUGUAUUUCCUAAUG